AUGAUACUUUUUUCUUUGAUUAUUGUCUUCAAUUUUAUAGAUUUUCUAUUAGCUAAUACGCUAGCUGAUCAAUUGUGCAAAUCCAAUUCGGAAAGUUUAUUUUGUCAAAGGAGAAGCUCGAGGAGGUUAGAUACAGUCCGCUCAAAGCAGAAAGUCAGAGUUUAUGGAGUUCAACUUUCAAAGAUCGAUGAAGAAUAUUUAAGAAUAGCUCGAGAAACGCACGAUGAUCCGUCUUGUCCAAUUCACAAAGAAGAAUACGACAAUGUCUGUUUCACAAUUCCGCCCGUUCAAGUUCUCAUCGAAACAAAAGCUUUUUGUGACGCUUUUGUGGAGAUGUGCAACGACAUGUUGAAAACAAAUCUUUUCACUAGAAUCAAAGGAUUUCGAAUCGACUUCACAAAAUAUUGCAAAAGAUACAAAGCAAGGUUCCAAUUUGUUUGCCCAGAUCCUUUAAGAUUUCACUCAUAUGCCGAGGAUGCUGUCGAUUUUUGUAUUAGAUAUCAAGAACGUUGUCCAGAAGUCGAAGUGCCGAGUGCUCCGAUUCUAUUUAAAGAGAAACACGAUCACAUCUAUGUGCGUGAGAUCAAACAAUUUUGCGACAAGUUGGCCAACUUUGCCGCCAACUAUUGCACGAAUCCGGAUAUUUUGAAAGUGCCGAAAUACCAAUUCCCGUGUGGUCUUUACAAAUAUCAAUGUGUCGAUAUUUAUAAAGAAGUGAUCUAUGGAUGGGGAAAGAAA